UAAAUUGAAUUUGAUUCAAAAGCAUUUUCUAAUUAAUUGGUAUCGGUGAUGGUAGAGUGGUACAUGGUUUGAUUCAGAGAUGGGCAUGGAGGAACAGGAGUUGGAGAAGAAGGUGGAGAUCGUCCUCAAAACUAUUGGUCCUGCACGCCCCUCUCGCCUCCUCCUUCCUUCCUCCAUCAAGGUGCGUGAUUUGAGGAGAUUAGUUGCUGGGAAUGUUAAUUUACCAAUUGAGAACUUGAGUCUUGUUCUGCGUGGAUGUGCUUUGUGUGACAUGAAAAAUGGAGAUGAAGUAUCUGUGCAACUCAAUGAUGGAGAUAGCUUGAUUGUUGCUGUUAAACCAAAGCCACCCGUGAAGGAUGAAUAUGACAAUGAUGAUGACGAUGAAGAUCUGAAGUUUCGGCUUCCUCACUCAUCAAGUCGGUGGAAGAAGUGGCUGUACACUUUUCUACACGAUAACUUGAAGCUUCCAGAUGUUGUUUUGAUGGUAAUUUUCACUCUGAGUCUGAAGGCGUGGCUUCUCAUAACUUUGUGGUUUAUCCUUGCUCCUGUCGCCCACAGAUGGGAUCUCGGACCUUUGUAUAUACUUGCAACUGGCUUUUGUCUCAUUCUCUUCAACCUUGGAAAGCGCCAAGCUGGUGACAUCAGUGCAUAUUCUAUCUUCAAUGAAGACUUCAGAGAGCUUCCAGGGACGCUUAACGCAGAUCGGCUUGAUAGAGAUAUAAGAGCAGGACAGUUUUGAGGCUUGCUGCACUCUUUCCGAUUUCCCCGACAUUGAUGUGAAGUCACAUGAUGUAUAUCUGCACAAUCACAAGGAGAUAAUUGACUAGCCAAAGAGUUAACAAGUACAGUACCCAUGAAAAUGACAAAGUUUUCCAUUAGACCUGUGUCCCUUCUGUGUAUAUAUCAUGUACGAUGUACUGAUACGAUUGAGAUGAACGUUUCAUUGUGGAUUAUUGGGUCUAUGUCUCUGCUACCGAGGCUCCUGUUUAUGAAUUUCAGAGUUCACACUUUCGGUGAAGCGGCCACCUUUGGGCCAUAUAUGCAGAGACUUGUCAGGAAUCAAAAAUUGAGACUGCUAUUUAAAUACUGUUAAGACUAUAGCUUUCAACUUUUUUUGUUAAUCUACAACUUUAGUUAAUCUGUAAUCUUUUGCUGAAAGUAAAGUUUUGUUAAGAA